AUGCAGACAUAUUUAUCUAUCUAUCUCAGUCAUUUCGUAUCUUAUCUUUCCUUAUCUAUCUAUCUAUCUAUCUAUCUAUCUAUCUAUCUAUCUAUCUCAGACAUUUUUCUGCAAAUAUCUAUCUAUCUAUCUAUCUAUCUAUCUAUCUAUCUCAGACCGAUCAUAUGUAUCUAUUCAUCCCAUAUCACUGAUAUCUAUCCAUCUUGGGCCUUUUGUUAUCUAUCUAUCAUCUAUCUAUCUAUCUAUCUAUCUAUCUAUCUAUCUAUCUAUCUAUCUCUCUAUCUAUCUAUCUAUCUAUCUCAGACCGGUCAUAUAUAUCUAUACAUCAUAUCACUGAUAUCUAUCUUGGACCUUUUUAUUUUCUAUCUAUCUAUCUAUCUAUCUAUCUAUCUAUCUAUCUAUCUCAGUCUUUACAUACAUACAUACAUACAUACAUAUCUAUCUAUCUAUCUCAGUCUAUUCAUAUCUAUCUAUCUAUCUAUCUAUCUAUCUAUCUAUAUCAGACCGAUCACAUCCUUUGCUUAUCUAUCUAUCUAUCUAUCUAUCUAUCUAUCUAUCUCAGUCUAUUCAUAUUUAUCUAUCUAUCUAUGA